GUUUAUGGGAAAUAGAGAUUUUGUGUAUGUGUGUGUGUGUGUGUGUGUGUGUGUGUGUGUGUGUGUGUGUGUGUGUGUGUGUGUGUGUGUGUGUGCUUACACAGACGGGAAUAGCCUACUGCGCCAGAGGAAGUGCGCCGGUUCUCCGUCUGCGCGUCCCGACUUCCUGCUCUGAGGCAGGAGAGAGAAAAGCUGCGGAUCCGCUUUCAGACAGCAGCAGCAGCAGCGCAGCAGCAUGGAGCCCCAACACAACACACACACCCCACUUUAAGACACAAACACACACAUAACGCACGGGCAGACGGACAGAAGAGCAGCGGCCGUCCACAGCUGGAUCACCUGUGUCUCUGGUGUCAUCCCAUCAUGGAGAGCUCCAUCACACUCUGGCAGUUCCUGCUGCAGCUGCUGCUCGACCACAGCCACAAACAUCUCAUAUGCUGGACGUCCAACGAUGGUGAGUUCAAGCUGCUCAAGUCAGAGGAGGUGGCAAAGCUGUGGGGGCUGCGCAAGAACAAGACCAACAUGAACUAUGACAAGCUGAGCAGAGCGCUGCGCUAUUACUACGACAAGAACAUCAUCAAGAAGGUCAUCGGCCAGAAGUUCGUCUACAAGUUUGUGUCAUUCCCUGAGAUUCUGAAGAUGGACCCUGCAGUGGUGGAGUCAGGACGGAGUAGCGAGGAAAGUGGAGGUCCGACAUCAGAGGCUGAGGCUGAAGACGAGGGUGGAGGUGGGAGAAACCAGUACCUCCACUCCGGCAUGUACUCCUCUUUCACCGUCAGCUCCCUGCAUCACUCCUUAGACCCUCAUCGGCCGAUCAAGACGGAGCCCAGAUCCGAUCGCCAUGACGACAGCUCCUCUGUCAUCCGAUUCAUAACCAACCGUGGCCACUCCUCCCUCCCCUCCACUCCACCCCCAUCCUCCACUGAGACCUCGUAUUCCUCCAGGCCAUCUCCUCGGCAGGCCCGCUCUUCCUCUUGUUCCUCCUCCCCGCCACAAAGCCCCGCCCACACGCUGUGGAGGGGACGGGGUCCUGGGGCAGAGACUGAUGACUCAGAGCAGAGCGCUCAACCUCUAAACCUGUCGUCAGGUCAGAGGGAAAGAGAGAGGUCACAGAGUACAACCACUCCAGAAAGGAGAGGAUUAGCCAAUAGUGCGCCUUCAAAAACCAGGAAACCUAAAGGUCUAGAAAUCGCCGCUCCCUCCCUCCUCCUGACAGGAAGUGACCUUGUUUCCAUUGCCCUCAACAGCCCGGCACUGCCGUCAGGGUCCCUGACUCCUGCCUUCCUCACUGCACAGACUCCGUCUGGUCUGUUGCUCACUCCCAGUCCUCUGCUUUCCAACAUCCACUUCUGGUCCAACCUGAGUCCAGUGGGACCCCUCAGCCCCGCCCAACUGCAGAGCCACACCCCCCUCUUCCAGUUCCCCACCUUGCUGAAUGGACACAUCCCAGUGCCUUUGCCCAAUGUGGACGCUCCUUCUCCUUUGCUGCUCUCCUCAAGCUCCCACUAGUCCUGAUAACACCUGGAGCCCUAAGAACGACCUGGGCCAAACCAGACUGAAAUAGGCCAGAUAAGGACUAAGCCAAUCAGCCUUAAACUCUGUUGAUGGACCACACAGGGAAUGGGACUGAGCCCAAUAACACUUUGAUCUGAAACCUGUUCCUUUACAUUUAUAAUAUGAAGAAACAGGAGCUUCACUCUGAAGCUUUGCUCUCCAAGAAGAGUAUUUGCAUUUGACAUUUCAUUCUGUUUACUACAGUUCAGCUGAUAUCAUUUCCCGUGUUCUUCACAUUUGUGUUUGGUGAUUUCUUCUAUUCAGGGAGUAAAAGCCUCUGUGACAAACAUUUAGACUAUCAUGGCACACUAAAAGUUUAAACCUAAACUAAGAUGGAAAAGAAAGAUGAAUCCAUGGAUGUAAGAUUUGUGUCUUGUAAAUUGACCCGGUUAAAAAGGAAAAAAAAGAUUGAUUAAGUUCUUUCAGCAGUAGAGGCUCUUGAAGAUCCCUCUGAUAGGAAUCUCCAUCAUAUCACCAGCGGGAAACACUGAGUGAUGAUCAAACCACUCAUUACUUUUUUCAUCUCAUUUCAUUUCUCAUCUCAUUCCACUUGGUGCAAAUCUCAGUGAUACAGACUGGGUGCAAUUUUAUGAAUGUUAUUGCUAUUUUCCCCCGUGCCCUGACUAAUCUCAAUACCCACACCUCUCAGACAAACAAAAGAGACCUGGGGAAAUCUAUGUCAGAAAUGAUGAGACCUCACUUAGCCAGACAGCUUUACAAGUUUAAUAUAGAAUGGCAGACACUUCACCUGUGGACUCCACCACAGCUUCUUUAAUUAAAGAAAAAUGAGAGAAACAAUAAAAGGUGAACAUUUUGCAAAGGCUAAAUAUUCACUAGGUUAAAACAUUGCAGGUUGUGACACAUUUUGCUUUUCACAAGCGAAUGGGAAACUUUCUUGUACUAAAUUCUUUCUUUUACUAAAUUCAAAACACUUACAGGUGUUGAUGUUACAGUGGUUCUUGGUCUGGUAUGACCGGUAGCGUACUAAUGUUAGCAAACUUUAAUUAGAUACUGCUGUGAGACUGACACUACUAAGUUAGUUCACUGACUUUGUGACUGUUCUCCACUUGUGCUACUGUCAAAAUAGGUCUUAGCAUUUAUCAUUAUCUAAUGUGGCAGCUGUUCAGCUAAAGUUAUGUAGUCUUGUUUUUAAGUAUAAGAAAAUAACCCUGGGGUUAUCUCAAAUUUGGCAUGAGAAUUUAAAUUUAACAGAUAGCCUUGAGGGCGGAGUUUGAAAGACAUGGGCGUUUACCAGGCGAGGACGGUUUAACGAAUGACGUUACUUAGUUGCAUUAUGGGAAAUGUAGGAUUCAGCGUUUUUGGAGCUUGAGUCAUACAUGGAACUAAAAGUCAGGAAAUCUCAGUGUCUGAUGCAUCAGUUUUGACCACUGAAUGGUCAAGGCUUUCUCUUGUGAAUACUUAAUGAAAGUGCAAUGCUAAAUCUUGUGAGUGCCCCUUUAAAAUGGGACCAUAGCUGGAUAAUUUGAUGCUACAGGCUUCACAGGGCAGUAAAGUAACCUUGACAUGACAUAUAACAAGUAAAGUGUGACUAUAUUUUUUUCUGCACUAAUUUUCCCGGGCCAUGACUCCUAAUGUGCACAAUUUUGGUUUAUCAAAAUAUUCAAUUGACUGCUGUCUCAUUUAUUAACCUGAAACCAAUCUGUCGUGAAAAAACAUGACAUGAGAUUAAAAUGACAUGGCAAGUCUCUCAGGAUCAUUUUCAUGAUAACCUGAUAUAAAUUUGUCCAAAUCUGGAUUGUUUGAGUGGGAUGUGUGGCCUCAUGAGAUAAUUCCCUCACUGACUCCUGGCAGAGCACCUGCUAGCCGGAGCGCCAAAACGCUCUGGAAGUCUUCUGUAAUGCUUCAACAAUUGUACUUGACGCUGUGAACUUUUUUUUUUUUUCCACCUGUAUAGUUUCAUGCUUUUUCAAAAAUGCACUGUAGCCUUGUACCAGCUGUGCCUUGUAUAAUGUAAGUAAACUUAUUAAGCUUUAAACCAGGUUUCAAUAGACAUUCCAGGUCAAAAUUGCACAAAAGCUUUUUUUUUUCUUCUUUUUUUGUAAAACGACUCCAGGUUAUUUUUAUAGAGAAAUUAAUGGAAGUGUAUUCUCAAUGAUUUGCUUGUGUUUUGCUGUUUCGUUGAGAGAAAUGUUACUGUUUUUUGGAAUAAAAUGAGCAUUGAAUGCUA